AUUUGUUUACAUUACAAUUCGUGGAGUGUGAGGGGAGAAGCCCUACUAAUAGAAUUAUGGGAAGAAAAAGUUGGUGCGCUUCGAGGGCCAAGAAAAAAUAGCCACAUUUUGGAGGAAAUGGCAGUGGAACUGCAGCAGCAAGGUGUCACCUUCACGGCGGCAGAAAUAAAAACGAAAAUGCACAAUCUGUCGCAAAGAUUUAGGAAGGAGAAAGCAGCAGUUGGUUCAACUGGCGGUUCCCCCUCGCAGUGGCCUUUAUUUAAAAAAAUGAGCGCAAUACUGUCGCCAUAUAAAAGCUACAACACAGAGGGCUUAGUGGAGGAAAGCUUUCAAAGAAAGAGACAUUUAGGACUUACACGAACUGGCAAUGAUGAUAUCAUCUACUAA